GUUUAGACAAGCAUUUGGGUGAGCUUAUAUUGUUUCGCUCCACACCAUAAGAAAACAGAGCGGCACAGCUACCAGAAACGUAUAUGAUAAUCGAACGAGAUUGGCACGAGACUGACGCCACAGGUACACAGAUAUGUUCCGAGUGAUCCGGUUGAUACACCAUGUAUCACUCCAUAUUAGCUUUCUCAAAACUUAGGCGUCUUCGGGUGUAGACUCAAAGCUGGAUAGGGGGGGUCAGUAAUGACAAACUCAACAAGGGCUAUCAUAUCCCUUUUACAUGUCUUCACGUAUGCCCACGACAUUAUUCUGUACUUUGCCAUUCUGCCAUUCUUCUGCUUCAUUAUUGAUGAAAUAUGAUUGCAGUACAGCUUCCCACCAUGCUUUGGCUUGCGACUUUGGUAUCAGUCGCCAUGGCUCAAACCUCGUUUAACAUGUUUCCAGUGAUUGGUGCUGCAGGUCUUGCUGCGAAUAUAGGAUGGACGAGAGAUUGUGUUGUUGCUAUGAACGCGACCUUGAAUUGUGACCCGACCCUCUAUCGUAUGGCAGGUCAAAUCGACAUGUACUAUUGGUCUCAAGACAACUUGACAGCUUUGUGCACAGAUAGUUGUGUCUCAGACAGUAGCAUUUGGGUUGGAAAUGUAGGAGAUGCUUGUGGAGGCCAAACGUACAACGUGGGAGGCAAGCUUGCACCGGUGGACACAGUCGCCCUUCGUUAUGUAGAAGGGAUCACAAUGGCAUGCUUGAAGGCUAAUAAUUUACCCUUCAAUUAUACCAGCAAUUCAACCAGCAACGAUCAAAGUUUGACUGGAGACUUUCUCGGAGAUCCAAACACAGGAGUCCAAACAAACGCCACGACAGGCAACCCACUUUAUGAUCCACACGAUGUUGCACCAUCUAGUAACGACACUUUACCGGUCCUCAAUAUUACCGAUCCGGCCUAUUAUGAUCAAGGACCCGCAUGGUGCUACCUCGAAUCGCAAAAUUGGAUCGGAGUAGAUGUCGAUGAGCCAGAUUGUACCGCCAAUCCAUCAAACGUAUUCUGCACAGAUCCUUCUGCCAUGACCAGAAUGGCCAACUUGUACUACGAUACAACCCUUUGUAGCCCCUGUUUCCUGACAGUCAUGUGGUAUCGCCUCAAUUCGCUUUUCCUCCCAGACACGGACUACUCGGACUAUUUGAUCGCGCAAUAUCAAGACAUCCAAGAUAUCUGCCAGGUAAAGAUGCCAGAAACCAUAAUCCGCGCACUACCGAACUACCCCUUAGCCCCGAACACAACCUAUCUCCCACCAGGAACAGACCCAGCCAACAAUUCAAGCGCUCCCAACUCAAACUCGGGAACAUGUUCUGGCCAGACUUUGGCAGCUAGUAGCGCUGGUUGUACCAGCUUGUCACAGACAUACGGUGUUACAACUGGAGAUCUACAGGCAGCUACCGGGUCGGAUACUUGCGUAGUAUCAAAUGCUACAUGCGUGCCCAGGCCAUGUACUCUCAAGCAAGUCGUCGCUGGCGAUAGUUGCAAGAGCCUGUCAACCGCCUAUACCACCAGCGCCCUUAACGUGUCAACAUCUUUAUUCCUCUCCUGGAAUCCGAAUAUUAUAGGGCUAUGCGACAGCCUAACAGCCGGGCAGUAUAUCUGCUCCUCCCCACCAGGAGGCGCCUACACCCUGCUGCCGCCGAUCAAUGGCACCAACGCAGACUCAGCUGGCCAAGUUCGGGGUGGUCAAGGGCCUGUCGGAGUUGUCCCGACCACGAAUUCCACUGCCGCAGCACCAACUCAAGCAGGUAUAUCGCCCAACUGCACAAAGUUCGCGUAUGCAAGCACGGGCGACACUUGCUUUGGAUUUACGCAAUCGUUCGGUAUCACCCUUGCUGAUUUCACCAAAUGGAAUCCCGCAUUAGGCUAUCCAGAUGGCCAUAAUUGCACCACCCAAUUCUGGGCCCAGUACGAUUACUGCGUCCAAGUCUCCGGAGGCAGCAGUUCCAGCAGCACAACCUCAAAGCCACCUACCUCAACCAGCACUCUCCCCUACCCAACCCAAAGCGGCAUCAUCUCCACAUGCAACAAAUUCAACAACGCCGUAACUGGCGACACCUGCAGCGCCUUCGCCACAUCAAACAAAAUCACCACCGCACAGCUCUACCUCUGGAACCCCGUCCUCGGACCCAACGGUGAAAAUUGCGCAACAAAGUUCCAAGCCAACGUAGACUACUGCGUCGGUGUAUCAUCCUCAUCACCCACCACAACCACAUCUCGCCCACCUGCCACCACCACCUCGACGAAAACAUCGCUCCCGUACCCCACCCAGAGCGGCAUAAUCGCAACCUGUAAUAAAUUCAAAAACGCAGUCACUGGCGACUUCUGCUCCCAAUUCGCGACCAACAACGGCAUCACCACCGCUCAACUCUACGCCUGGAACCCGGUCCUAGGUCCCAAUGGAGAGAACUGCGCAACGCAGUUCCAAGCCAAUGUCGAUUAUUGCGUGGGUGUGAGUUCGUCUGCAGCAACUAGUACGACGAAGACAAGCUCGGUGAUUCCGACGCAGAGUGGGAUCGCGAAGAAUUGUAAUAAGAUUGUGGUGGCGAAGAGUGGUGAUUUUUGUUUCGCGUUUGCGCAGAACAAUGCUAUUACGACUGCGCAGUUAUAUGCUUGGAACCCGGUAUUGGGCCCCAACGGAGAGAAUUGUUCGACGCAGUUUCAGCUUGGCGAGGGCUAUUGCGUUUCUGUGUCUUCAUAGGAGGUAUAAUUCUGGGUACGGUAGUAAGCUUCAAUAUAUAUUAUGUAUCACAGGGCCUUGAGAAUGCUUAGUUUAGAGCGUAUCUGGGCCAAAGGACUUUUGAUUGACUAUGCUGUCUACUGCAUUGACUCAUCGCCAUUGAACCGCACCACUCCAAAUACAACUUCAUUAUUUGACCGUGCGGCUGUUUGAAAUGAAAGAUCGACUCUGCCGCAAUCCCGUUCGAUCUCAAUCCGAAUCAAACAUUCCCGGAGGGUCAGGAAACAUUUCGUCCAUUUUCUGCCUAUCUUCUGCAUUUUUCUUGCUCUCUUGAUCCAACAAUGCCGCUCGGCAUGCCUCCUUGUCGAAACGAUCUGGCCAACCGUAGUUCAGAUACGUGUUGUAAACAUGCUAAAAUAUCCCGUCAGCACUUCCAUGACUUUUGAGACCCGGAAUUCAAAACUCCAAAAUUGAGACGUACCGCUGCAUGCUUCCUCUGCUCAACAUCCACCUCAUCUUCUCCCUCUCGCGGCCGAUACUCCCACGUGCUGAAACCUUCACUCCUCAAAAGCUCCUCCUCCUCCGCCGCAAAAACCGCACGACUGACAAACCUCCCCCCAGUCGGCUCCCCACUCGGAUUAGGCACCAACAUCCACACGAGCUUCUUAAAUCUCUCCGUCCAGGCGUCAAAGAACUCCUUCACAGGAACCUUCUCAUACAUCUUCCACUGCUCCUCAAACGGAACAGCGUCAUACUCUUCAUACGGCACUUGGAGUUGCGAUCCUGAACUCAUGUGAGUGAUGAUCCCCUCGUUGGUAUCGAGGAUCAAGGCGAUGCCUUCGCGGUCAAUGGACCGGCUGAGGUAGACGCAGUGGUCUGGGAGGGGGUAGAUGUCUUCUGCGAAGGAGCCGCCGGUGCGUUGACCUUGGGAUGAGGAGGAGUAGUUGAUGGCUAGGGUUUCAUAAUUGAUGAGAAUUCUUUCCGAGAUGCUCUCCGAUUGCAGGUACGGGAGGUGGCGGAGUAGAGAGAUGACAGUUGCGUUUUUGGAGGGGGUGGGUUCUGAGAUGGUGGGCCAGCCGGUAGGGGGUGGGGUGAUGAGGGUGGUUGAGGGCAGGUAAGGGUGCAGGAUGAUUUGUUGGUAGAGUUUGAGGAUUGCGGAGAUGGUUUCGUCUUGUGAGUACAUUUUGAUGGUGGUGGGGUGUUGUG